UUAGGUUAAGACGAUGGAGUCGGAAGAUGACGACGUGGGCUCCAGCGAGGACAACAUUCUAUACGAUUUUACUAUCCAGGCAGAAUGGCAGCAAGAGCCAGAAGUAUUUACCAAAGGUCCAAGGGACAAGAGCCAGCUGUCCAUGAUGGGAAGGGUUUCGUCUGCAACUCAGAGAAGCCUUUGGACAUCAUUGAGAAUUGUUGGAGUGCCCAUGCAAAGUGCCAGUCCCUGUUCCUUACCUGCAGGAUUACUCAAACUCAUCAACAGUGAAAUAAAUUGGCACAUUGCUGUGGGCAGGAAUGCUGAGGUAGUGGCUAUCCUUCAGGACCAGUGUGUAGAAAUCAGGUCAAGCACUAAUGGCUACGAGACAGUAGUAGGACGUGGAUCAGUGCCUCGAGAUCCGUAUCCUCAGUGGCGCUGUGUAGCCUGGAGUGACGACAACUCUAUGGUAGCCUGCUCCCAGAGUGAUGGCACUGUGGAGGUGUUUGAUAUGAUUGGGACUCGGCUGUUCACCAUUCAAGGGGAAACACCCAAUGAAAAUGGCCAGCCAUUGGAACUGAGUUGUGCAGUAGCAGGCAUGGUUUUUACUGACACCAUCCCCAACCCACCAUGGUCUGCGGGACUCCUGGUCGUGAACUACCAUGGAAGCUUACACAAGUACUGGGUAGAGCGUGACCAGGGAUACGAGGCUCAGCACAGCUUCCUGUUUAACCAGCACUAUCCACUGGGCAUCAGCUGUGUGGAGUAUCACUCUGGGGCUCAGCUCCUCCUUGUGGGUGGAGCAGGUUGUGAUAACACCCAGUCCUCCUCCCAGGCGCGACAGGAGGGGCUUACAGCCUGGAGAAUGCUGUCUGGACCUCCCCACUACAAACUCGUCACAGACUACCAUGAGGACCUGCACCAGUCAAAGCAAGGAGCAUCAUUCUUUGGCAAGUUUAAAGCUAGUUUACGACUGAGCAGCACUGGAAACCAGGAUGGUAUUUAUAAGAUGUGUCUCUCCCCAGACAGUAAAAUGCUAGCGACAAUUCAUCAGUCAGGAAAGCUAACCUUAUGGCAAAUCCCUUCACUGAAAAAGUACCGAAGUUGGGCCCACGAUGAACAGCCUUAUAGUGAAGAGUACAGUCCUGAGUCCAUGGAAAACCCACAGAAAAGGAAGAUACUAAAAGACUUGGUGUCCUGUAAGAAUUUGAUUGAUGUCAACUGGUGGAAUAAUGAGGCUGUGACCUUGUCAAGAGGUACAGGAGCUGUCACAGUGUCAUCGGCUUCGACACUGAAGAAUCUACUGGGCACAUCUCCAGAGUGGUUUGAGCCGUCCUCAAGGGUAACAGCCGUACAUGAUGGAGGAUUUCUUGGACUUGAGGUUGAGAACAAGUUUCGGCAGAAACGUCGUCUUGUGACUGAUGACGACAAUGAGAAUGAGGACAGUGAUGAAGAAGAGGAUUCAAGAUGGGUCCGGACAUUUCUUACCAAAAAUGUCCUGUCUUAUUUUCGUGACAUUGAGCGGUUUCAGCCUCCAAGGAAACGUCCCAAGAUGGUAAACAGAACUUACAGAUUGGUUUGUUUCAAAUAUACCACUCCUGAGGAACUGUAUACAAGAAAGAUUGAGUGUGAGGAGUAUGGAGAGGCUCUGGGUCUUGCUAGGGCGUAUAACCUUGACUCGGACAAGGUGUACCAGCGUCAGUGGAGGAAGUCGGGUGUGUCCAAGGCCUCCAUACAGGACUAUCUGAGUAAGAUCAAGAAGAGAGGCUGGGUCCUCCAUGAAUGUCUGGAGAGAAUGCCUGAAAAUAUUGAUGCCAUGAAAGAGCUGUUAGAGUUUGGUCUACGAGGAACUGAUCUACAGGCUCUCAUCGCAAUAGGCAAUGGAGAGGAUGGGGGCAGGUUUAUUCUAUGUGACCCAGAAGAAGGAUUGUAUGCUGAUUUGUCUCUGGAUGAGUUUGAUCCGGAUACAGAACGAGUGAAGGAAGAAUUGAGGGAGGAAAAGACCAAGGAAUUAAUGGCACAAGUUGAUUUUUCAAAUUUAAACUUGGAGCAAAAAGAGCUGUGUAGAGUCCGCUUCAAGCUUCUCCAGUAUCUUGAUCGACUGAGAACGUAUGAACUUAUACUUGGAGGAGAAGUGGCAGCUGUCUCAAGGUUCAAUGACAAAUUUUUCGAGAAGUUCCGUUCUCAAAAUAUUGUAGAGGCUGCAAUGAAUUACGCUCGGCAUGGUGACUGGAAAGCACUGGACUUACUAUUCACCUACCACGGCGAGACCCUCAAACCUCACAGACUUGCUGUAUUGUCAAACUUCCCUGAAACAACUUGUCCAACAGAGUACAGAGAAUUGUUACCAGAAGUUAUAGAUGACAGCGGUGUGUUUCCUGUCGAGGAGAACAGCUGGCGUGACCCAGACUGGUGUGAGACACAACAGUGCAGGUCAGCUGUUGAACCUCUUCAGGUAGAUUUGGGAGAAAUUUUGUAUGAAGAUCACCCAGAGUUGUCACAAUUCCGGUGUGACGACUUAUCUGCAGAGUUACUGACAAAAUGGUACAGGUACCGCACCUUUGAGAUAGAGGCCAUGUCCUUACAGGUAGAACAUGCCAUCAACCUCGUCAAGUUGGCCGUGGAGCGUGGCGUACAGGGUUUGAGCGAUCUCCUAGACGACCUAGUUACCAUGGAAAUGCUGGUGUAUGAGUGCCACAUAGAGGACACAGUGACGUUUGAGGCAGUUACAAAAAUGGCAGACUAUGAGAAACUGGAACUUAUAAUGUCAAAGUCGACUGAGGAGAUGUAUUUGAAGAACCUACAUCGCUGGUUGGUGCCAUUCCUGACUCAAUGUGAUCGACAAAAUGCUGGUGCCUUCAACACCCUGCUACGGGACUAUAUCGUCACCAUGGCAAAGACCGAUCUCAGCCUUGUCCUCAAAGUCUUUGAGUCUUCCAAAGCCAGUCUACCCAACCCUGUCAUCAAGACCCAGGAUGAUGUCAUGUCGAUAGCAUUAGAGGCUGUGUACAGUUGUGAGAGAAAUGACCAGCUAGAAUUGCUGCUGGCCAUUGUCCAAUGUCUGCCGAUCAAACUCAAGUCUAGUACAAAAACACAAAGGAACGAAACACAGGAACUCCACAGUAGGGUAGACAAGCUGAAGCAGCAUCUAAGUGCGGCUAAGAUUCUGGAAAAGCACGGUGUGAUGAAGCCACUGCAUUAUUUGAAAGAAACGGAGGAGGAUGCUGAAGAAGCGAGGAACCUGAUGAUUAGACUGACAAGAAAUGCUGGAAAGAGAGAGAAGCCCCUGGACCAGAAGGAGUGGCGAAUUCUACACGAGGAUGUGUUAAAUCUACAGCAGAAUGUCUACAAAUGUCUCUCUGCUGGUCUGUGUCAUGAGAUUUUCACUGAGAGCGUUCUGUGCUCCAAUCGUCGGGAGAACAUAACUAUGGCUGGUGACCUCCUGGAGAGGGAGAGCUCCGAAUCAGAGCAGUUGUUUCGUCCUGGAAUUCACCAACAUCACAAAGUCCCAUACGAACAAGCAGUUCAGCUAGUGAUCAGUGCUUCAAGGGAGUACUUCAACUCAUCAUCCAACCUGAUGGACCCAUGCAUGGAUCUGGCUCGCGCUUGUCUCAACCUGAUAUGUGACACGCCUCUUCCUCCCUCCAUUCAAGAAGAGCUGGAUCUGAUAGGGUCACUGGCACUGCUGGACGAUUUCAGUGUAUCUGUUCUACCGUUACAAGUUCGCUUGAGUGACGACAGAUUGGAUCUUGUAAGACAGGCUGUGAAAUGUAAACCAACCUCCUUCAAGCAGAGACAAAAGCUGUUGAGGCUGGGACAUCUACUGCGAGUUAGUGGAGAUGACCGAAACCUCCGAGAAGGUCAAGUGUUACAUCUCAUCGCUGAAGCUGCUGUAAAGGGCGAGGAUUUCAUGUUCGCAUUUGAGGUGUGUGAGGACCUGAUGAGUCAAUGUUAUGGGAAUGCUUGGAAUAUCUGUGUCGACCUCGCCUGGCAAGAGAAGUUUACUGAUAUGGCUGCUAAGGCAAAGUUAUUGUCGUUUUCCGUGACCUACUGUACCCCAGAUAUGAUAGAGCCAAUCCUUCAGGCAAAGGCUUUGCUGGAAACCCAGAUCCUGCAUCGGUCCUUAAACACGGACGUUCAAGGAGAAGUCGAUGAAGGCUCCCAGACACAUGAGGUACCUCUGUCAGCCAGAGAUGCACUGACGCAAACUAAAAACAUUUUGACAUCAACAACAAAAUCCACCAAAGCGUUACUAUCGACAAUGACGGAUAAGAACUGGUGGCACGGGACAAUGAAUUACCUAACCAAGUCCUCGAAACAAUCUACGUACACGUCGGAUCAAGGCCAUCGUGAUGAGAACCAGAAUUUUGAGAGACAAGGAUGUCAUCCAUUUUAUUGUGAUGCCGUUGAGAACGCAUACGUAGAUCUGAGUGCAAUCAACUACCAGAAGUGUCAAUCAGAAGACGACCUCAGUACCGAGAUGAGCUUGCUGAGGGCUGUGUAUCUAGAGGAGAUGCUGACCGAGGGUGAAAAAACACAGUCCACUUCACAAGUAUUACUGAAGAUAGCACAGACCAAAAUGACUGCAGACAGUACUUUAGGCUUGGCAUUUCUUCUUGCACUUCCUAAAGAGGUGAUGGACCACGACCACUUUGCUGACUUACCCUUCACAACCAUGUCUCUACAGAUGGCGCUCUAUUACUUUGCCCUACAAAUCUACUCGGCUUUAAGGCCGACAUUUGACCCUGAGCUAAGUCUGUUGUACAAGUAUCCACCGUUCAGGCUGAUAGAAAAGGUCAGGACGUACGUCAGUAGGACCAAAGACCAUCAACAGCCCAGUGAGGUUGCCCAACUGGUCAACAACUUCAAUCAGUAUCAGGAAUUUCUGGAGGACUCCAUCCAGGCCAAACAGCUGAAGAAACUGGACAGAGGUAUAGAUACUGGACGGUUUACGAAGGACAGUCAAUACAGGGUGGAAACUAUCUGUGGGCUAGCCAUGACUUUGGAGGAGAGUGUGUACAACAUUUCCUUGUCCCUGGCGGCCAGGUAUUCUGUCUGUCUGUGGGAUGUGUACAUGGCCCAUCUGGAGUUCCUCUUCUCAGACAGUCAGCUGAAGACAGAGGAAAUAGAGGAUCGUGUAGGAAGGAUGGGGAUUCUGUCUGUACUGAAGGAGAGAAACGAAAACUUUGUUACGAAGAUGACUACUUAUGUGUACCCGUCUGUGGAGGGGACAGAUCAAGCCCGCCUCCUGUAUUACUACACCCUGAUGUCCGGGAUAGACACCCCGCUAGCUGGCAGCCUCACAGCUGACGCCCACGUCAAACUCCUCAAGAAAACUAAAUUUUCUGCUGAAGGUUUGGACUACAAGAGACUGGUGGAGGGAGAAGACAACCCUGUAGAUGUUCUGGUUCCCAUCCUUACCACCAGUAACAUAACUGUGAUAGCUAAACUAGCCAACAAGAUUCCAGAUGGGAAAGGAGGUAUGUUGAUGCCUAGUGCUGUGUAUUGUGCCUGGGCCAUCAGGAUGUUCUGGGAUACAUCAGCAUCUAAGAAGGUACCAGACACUGCGCUGGGCUGGGUACAUCGAUAUGAGAGCUGUCGGGAAACCCUACAGAAACUACUGCCUCAGGACCUAGUGCAAUUUGUGGACUCAGUUGUCUUCGUUCCACAGUCAAGAGAAAUGGUUGGGUUUGAGAGCCGACAGCAGAUUUUGAACCGUUGUCUCAAGUUUGCCAGACAGCAAGGCAGCAAGAAGAAGAAGCAGGAGGAAGCUGGUGACCAGAUGAGUUGGGAGAAGGCAGCAUCGGUAUUAAAGGGUUACCAGUCACAUCUUACUGUGAUGCAGCACCAAACCUUACAGUCCCUGGCGGAGUCAGAGGCUGGCGACCUCCGGCAGUACUCACUAGAGCUCGACAUGAGCAAGGGAAAGGCUGUCAAGUUGGAGGAAAUAUUUGUGAGGAUGACCUGUGAAGGCUUGGGUAUAGAUGUAAUUGAGAAUCUGUUGUCGACCAUACCCACGUUGUCAUGGAAACCUUUAACAGCAGUCCAGCAGUCACUGGACAGGAUUAUUUCUCAUCUAAGCGACGAAAGUUCUAGUCUUGACUGUGUGGAGGAAAGUCUGGCCUCCUUUCAGAGAAUCGUCAACAAUGUCUACUCACACGGGCAGGAAGGCGGAGACCAUGUGACAGCUGAGGACGUGAUGACCUUAGUGCGGCCAUUUUGCUCUGACGAUACAGUAGCAGUAAAACCUCGUCUAGACCUCCUUCACACUUUAGAAAAGAGUUUUGACCUGUCCCCUGAAGACCUGGUGUUACUAGUGCUGUACAGGUCGGAGGCGGUGAUAAACAAAGGCUGGCACGACAUCACUGUACAGGAGGCCGAUAUCAACACAGACCAGGCCAGAUUUUCACUCUUCACUCGUCUGUUGUCAUUGACAACGACCUUUGAACAGACACAAGCUCUUUAUAAGCUCCUCCAUCUCUGGCCACCACUGACAGCAUCAAGUUCAAGGGUGGCUAUGGAGAAUCCCUGGGUGAACAUCUUCGACAUGAUGGUCCAGGAGAGUGACCAGAUGAAUCGAACACUUGUGUGUCCCUGUCUGAAGGAGGUUUUGUCUGUCUGUCAGCUCAGUGAGGAGUGUGUACGUCAUAUUUAUGAUAGCCUAGUUACUACGUCCACUCACUUGGAAGCUGUAAGGUGCGCUCUGAUUGGUGGAUAUGAUGACCUAAUGGUUACUGCCAUACAACACCUUGCAUCACAGCCUCAGGUUGCACCAGAUGACGAUCUUCUUGACCUUAUCGUGCAUAAUGAUCUAGUCACUAGAGUGGUGUUCACCCAUAUAUACCCAGCCAUUACAGACUAUAUUCUGGCCAAUCAGAACAUUAAUGAUGAGUCACGUGACUAUCUCUCGGUUAAGGAGGUGUGUAGGAGAUUAGGUGAGCAGGGGUUUGAAGCAGAGGCAGGAUCUCUACUGAUGAGGAGUCGAGCCACACACCCAUUCCUCCAGACUUUUAGUGCAUCUUUACAAUCUCUUAAAAAGUGGUUUUAACGUUAGUGAAGCAUGAGUAAACUCUACCAGAUGUACAUGGGCGAGUUUGAUCAUCAACCAUUUACCAUAGUCGAGCUGUAAAAUAUCAUUAAAUGUGCUUACAUAUACUGGUAAGCAACAACCAAUCACUGCCUUGCUUUCAAAUAAUCACGCAUGCUCAGACUAUACCACUAGUUAGUCUGGUCCAACCAAAGGAAAUUGGUAGGUUGUACAAUAGUUGCCAGGCAUGCGCACUGCAACUAGCUUCUUGUUUCUUUACACAUGCGCAAUACACCUUACUAUCGUACUCUAGUUAGACCACAGUCGCUACAGUUGACGAUCAAACUCGCCUGAGGGUGUAAUUGCCCUUGUCUCUAUAAUUUCUUUAAAAUGUUUGUUACAAUAAUUAUUGAUGCAGAAAUGAUUCUGUGUACAGCUCAUCUUAAACAAAGUGCUAUUGGACUUGGUAUUAUGUAGUUGCAUGGAACUCAUUGACAACUACUCCAUAAAAUUAUUAAGAUUUUACUUUGUAAUACUUCAACUAAAAAUAAUGGUGCAGGUCUUUUAAAAGGUAACAUUGAUAUUGAUUAUUACCAGGUAAACAGAUUGGGUCAAAAACAGAUGUACUAUCAAACAUUUAAUAUUCAUUUACCCUGCUUCAAGAGUUUUUAUGAACUAGAUAAUCAUCAAGUUUAGUACUAGAUAAUUACUGGAAAAACCAAAGUCAGAAAAGCCUUUGUUCUGGAAUCCUAUCAAACUAUGACUAUAUAAUAUGUACACUUAUGGUGCACUAUUUGCAAAGAGCUGACAAUCAGAACAUCAUACAAUCCUGUCUGUAGUUUAGAAGUUUUCAGAGAACUCAAUCUGGUUAUGAUUGUUUAUGGCUUACUGAUAACAGCUCUUCAACUCAAAGAGGUCAUUUAGAGAUAUUUAGGUUUCAUUCGCGUAUCCUGGUUGAAACGGUACAGGUGGCGCAGAAAUAUUCCACGAUAAACGAACACACUUGGACAAAACUAUAGGCAUAGCUAAAACUACAGAGUUUCGGAAAAUAAGUAACAAUGUAU